AUGGCCUCCGCUGAGAAAGGGCAAGGUGUGGUGGUCGCCAGCAGCGGCUCCUCGGUCCGAAGUGAGGGAGGACGAAGUCAGCUCGUACCUGUCAGGAUGAAGCUCAUCUCCAUUUUGCUUGUCACAGCUAUUGGCUUUGGAUCUCACUGGAGCAGCGGUGUGACUGGUGCGAUGAAGAGCACGCUGAAAAAGCAAUUACACAUCAACAACGCUCAGUAUGCGGUGCUUGAGGCAUCCGAGGACUUCAUGAAAACAGCUUUGAUCCUGCUCAGUGGCGUGGUCACGGACAGAAUCGGAGGUGCCAGCGCCAUGCUGUGGGGCAAUGCUAUAUUCAGCGUCGGCGCUAUCUUCAUUGCGGCAGCUACGACCGUACGAUCGUACAAGUUCAUGAUCUUUGGUGUCAUCGUUCAGGCCUUUGGCGACAUCGCUACGCAAGUCGCUCAGUACAAGGUCUUCAGUUCCUGGUUUGCUCCUUCUGAUGGAUUCGCUUCGACGCUCGGCCUUGAACUCGGAAUUGGCAAGAUUGGAUCCUUCGUCGGCAAAGCCACAGCCAACGUCAUCGCAAAGAAUACCGGAGACUUCAGCUGGGUGUACUGGACCGCCGUGUUCAUGAACCUCUUCACUAAUGUCGUGACACUGGUAUUCUGGUUCUUCACCAAGUGGUGCAAUAAGACCUACUCUGGCAUGGUCGACCCCGCGACUGGCGAGAAGCUCACCGAAAGCAACAAGAAGUUUGAGUUUGGCAAAUUGCUACGUCUGCCGUGGACUUUCUGGGGUGUUGUCUGCUUCUCACUCUUCCAAACUAGCACUGCCGGCAUUUACAAUCAGAACGCUACUGAGUUGGCCGAGCAGCGCUUCAACAUCGACUCAGUUCAGGCUGGCUGGUACUCGGCGAUGUCCCAAUACCUGGGUUUCUUCUUGGUACCACUCAUCGGCGUUUUCAUUGAUCUUUUAGGCAACCGAAUCACGCUCAUGGUUGUAUGUGGAGUGGGAAUGCUGCUGUCUAUGUGUCUGGCCGCCUGGGGUCCGACUGUCGGCGGCACCGCUGCAUCGUUUGGUAUCUACGCAGUUGCAACUUCAUUUGGACCGACCGUCAUCAUCGACGCCAUUCGCACUACAAUGUGGUACCAGGAAGUCUUUGGAUCUGGCUACGCUGUCAAGAUCGCGGUCAACAACGGCAUGACCAUCUUCGUGCGCAUCAUCACCGGUGUCAUUCAGGAUCGUGACAACAACUCAUACGACAACGUUGUCAAGGGCUAUGUCUUCCUAGCCGCUGGAUCGGUCAUCGUUGGCUGUGCCCUGCUUGUAGGCAGCUAUCGGACUGUGGAUCUGGGGCUGUUGCAGUGGACUAAGAAGCAGCGUAUGGCAAAGGGUGAGGUCAUCAACGAAAGGAGGUUGCAUUCCGAGAAAGGAGAGGCAGGUGUGAGGAACAGGAAAAUAAGCAUGACGUUGUUUAUUUCGCUCAUCGUCUUUAUCUUGGGGGCUUGGGCAGCGUACUUCUGGGGUGUUGCAACAGGCAACAACAGCUGA